AUGCUGCAAGGGCUGAGAAACGAGCCCGCCAUAUCUGCAGCAGCAGCAGCAACACAAGCAGCAGCAGCAGCAGCAGCACAAGCAGCAGCAUUAGCAGCAUUAGCAGCAGCAGCAGCAUUAGCAGCAGCACAAGCAGCAGCAGCAGCAUUAGCAGCAGCACAAGCAGCAGCAGCAGCAUUAGCAGUAACAGCAGCAGUAGCAGCACCAGAAGAAGCAGCAGCAGCACCACCGCGAGUACCAACAGCAGCAUUAGCAGUAGCAGGAGAACCAGCAGCAGCAGCGGCAGCAGUAGCAGUAGCAGCAGAAGCAACAGCAGCAGCAGCACAAGCACAAGCAGCAGCAGCAUAA